UCAUCUCUGUACAGUGUAUGUACAGUACAGUAUUCAGUAGUGUAUUGUCCAAGGAUCGUAUCACUUUGGUUUUCGCUUGGAAGGUGUUUAUAAGAUUGGAAAAAUGACAAGUCUACUUGUAAGAAAUUUUGUGCGAAUCAAUCAGGGUGCUGCAACUCAAGCUGCUGCUUGUACUUGGGGAACCAAUACGAACACUCGCAUGAACUAUGCAACCCAACGUGUCAGUCCAGGUGGAAAAAAUAUUGUAUAUAUUGAUGGUGUACGGACACCCUUCUUGCAAUCGGGUACUCAAUAUGAAAAAUUGAUGGCUUAUGAGCUAGCAAAGGAUACACUACUUAAUUUAUUGAAAAGGACUGGUAUUCCGAAGGAAGUUGUAGACUAUGUCACAUAUGGAACAGUAAUACAAGAAGUGCGCACCUCAAAUAUUGCUAGGGAAGCUGCUUUAGCAGCAGGUUUCAGUGAACAUACUCCUGCACAUACUGUUACUAUGGCCUGCAUCAGUAGCAACCAAGCAAUAACCACUGGUAUGGGCUUGAUUGCUUGCGGUGUAUAUGAUGUCAUUGUAGCUGGAGGAGUGGAUUUCAUGUCUGAUAUUCCUAUCAGACAUAGCCGUAGUAUGAGAUCCUUGAUGCUACGAGCCAACAGAGCAAAGACUGCAGGUCAAAAGCUGGCACUAUUGGCUAGCAUUCGUCCUGGGCACUUUAUACCUGACUUGCCAAGCGUAGCAGAGUUUUCUUCUGGGGAGACUAUGGGUCACAGCAGUGACAGAUUAGCCGCAGCAUUUAGUGUUUCUCGUUCGGAGCAAGAUGAAUACGCACGACUCUCUCAUUCCCGCGCUGCAGAAGCUCAUGAGAAAGGGUAUCUCUCUGAUUUAAUACCCAUCAAAGUACCAGGAGUAGAAGCAGUUAUAAAUAAGGAUAACGGUGUACGAGUAUCUACUCUAGAACAGCUAGCUAAGCUGAAACCUGCAUUUGUCAAACCUUAUGGCACCGUUACUGCUGCUAAUGCAUCCUUCCUAAGUGAUGGCGCAUCUGCAGCACUUAUUAUGACUGAGGACAAGGCACGAGAACUUGGACUCACUCCAAAAGCUUAUCUAAGAAACUUUACCUAUGUGUCUCAAGAUCCUAUAGAUCAGCUUCUAUUGGGACCAGCCUACGCGAUACCCAAGGUCUUGGAUAAAGCAGGCUUAACUUUGAAGGAUAUUGGUGUUUGGGAAGUUCACGAGGCAUUUGCUGCACAAAUCUUGUCGAAUUUGAAGGCUCUGGAUUCAGAGUGGUUUGCCAAAAAUUACCUAAAACGAAACGAAAAAGUUGGUGUCCCCGAUCUUAACAAAUGGAAUGCCUGGGGUGGAUCCUUGUCCAUUGGACAUCCGUUUGCUGCAACUGGUGUCAGAUUAGCAUCGCACACUGCUAAUCGUAUGAUCCGGGAAAAUCAACAGUUCGGAUUAAUCGCAGCCUGCGCUGCCGGUGGUCAGGGUGUCGGUAUGAUAAUGGAAAGACAUCCCGAUGCGAAACUUUAGAGUGUUACAAGAUCUGUACGAUUAUUUGCUGAAAGGGUGCCUUAAAGUUGUAAGUGGCACUAACUUUACAUCAUAUUUACUGUAACUCAUCUAAAAGCAAGCAGAUGAAACAAGAUGGCAAAAUAUAAUGUAUAUUUUAAAAAUUAGUUAAUAGUUUAAAUAGUCUAUUUACUUUUGUAUGAAACAAAAUAGAAAGGAGAAAGAUAUUAAAACAA